GUGGUUGGCUCCCGCGGCGGCGCUUCCUAGUGGCGACGGCGCCAUGGCGCUGCCCUGGUUGCAGCGCUUCGAGCUCUUGCUAUUCACAGCUGCCUUCCUGUGCGGGGCCGUGGCGGCCGCGACGCUGACCCGGACCCAGGGUUCCUUCAGUAGCCACUGUCCCUUGUACGGCGUGGCCGCCCUCAAUGGCUCCUCCCUGGCUUUAUCCCAACCCUCGGCCCCAUCCCUCUGCUACUUUGUGGCCGGGGUCUCUGGCCUCCUGGCCCUCUACUGCCUCCUGCUCCUGCUCUUCUGGGUCUACGGCAGCUGCAUCGAGGACUCCCACAGAGGCCCUACAGGGCUCCGCAUUGCACUGGCCAUCUCUGCUAUAGCCACCUUCCUGGUCUUAGUGUCUGCCUGUAUCCUUCGAUUUGGCACCCGUUCUCUCUGCAAAUCCAUCGUCUCCCUGAACAUUACAAUUAGCUGCUCUGAAGCCCAGAAAAUUCCAUGGACACCCCCUGGAACCACUCUGAAGUUUUACUCCAACCUAUACGAUGCUGAAACCUCUUCUUGGGUGAAUCUGGUAUUGUGGUGUGUGGUCUUGAUGCUUCAGGUGGUGCAGUGGAAGUCUGAAGCCACACCUUAUCGGCCUCUGGAGCGGGGGGACCCCGAAUGGAGCUCUGAGACAGAUGUUCUUGUUGGGCCACGCCUUUCCCCUUCCUGAAGAGUAACCAGAAAAUCCUUCCUGCAGCCAAAGACUCCAUGCCCACGUGCCUGCAGUCCUCUUGCCCCCACGUGGCCCUGUUUAUAAUGGGAGCCUGUUUUUCCCUCCACGAGGGAAACGUGACAAUGGGCUCCCUCCACCUCUCUUCCUACAGCUGUUUUUGUACCAAAAUAUUAGAUUACUUUUUUCCUUCA